UUAUUCUUUGGUGGCGUCGGCUGUCACUUCCUAGUCGGUCACCUUGGCAAGGACCUGAUCUCAUUGUGUCCCCAGUCUCAUGUGUAAAAGGAGAGUAGCAUCUACGUGGAGUUGUUGCUAGAAUGAAGACUGCCUGGAACAGUCUCUGGAGUGUUCCAAGCGUCCAGUCCGUUCCUAAUGCCUUUAAGGAAGAAGCAGUGCACAGCCCCGUUAGAGCUUGAAGAUUUCCAAGGACUUUCCUGAACCUUUGUUGUUGUUUGUUUGUUUGUUGUUGCUGUGCGUCCUGGGACCCCUGGCUGCCUACAGUGCCUCCUGCUGGGAAGAAUACUUUUGGGUUCCUGACUGCCCACCUUCAGAUUUAACAUCUGUGAUCGAAGGUACACAUGGCAUUCAGAGAUGUGGCUGUGGAUUUCUCUCAGGAGGAGUGGCGCCUGCUGAGCCCUGCUCAGAGGUCCCUGUACAGAGAGGUGAUGUUGGAGAAUUACAGCAACCUGGUGUCUCUGGGAAUUCCAGUUUCAAAACCGAAACUCAUCACCCAGCUGGAGCAAGGAAAAGAAACAUGGCAAGAAGAGAAGAAAUGCCCACAGGUGACUGCAGGUCAGGCACAGGCAAAGCUGGAACUCUGCCCUGGUCCUGUCUGCCCCCCAGAUCUCACCAAUCAGAAACUCCCUGUGCAGUGUGUGCUGAGUGAUCAUGCACCGUGGAUCUUUACAUGCCUGUGUGCAAAACGUCAUGCCAAUGCAGGAGACGCCUGCCACAGGGCCCAGGAGACGCAGCAGCGAGCCUCUGAUAGGAGCUCCUGCAGUGAUAAAUCAGAAGGUGGAGAGAGAGGUGCCAGGCCUUCAUUUAGAAGGACAAAGAAGAGGAGUUUGGGGACCCUCUCCAGGCCGCCCCUAAAGCAGCCAGUCAGCGUUCGGAAUGGUAUCAGACGGGUAGGGAUGGCGACCAGCCCAGCACAAGCUGGGUGCACUGAAGAACCCGAAAAGUUGUUGAAACGAAUAGAAAUCUUGCGGUUUGGAACGGUCAGCUGUGGAGAGUGUGGGCUGGGCUUCCGCAAGAUGACAAACCUGCUUAGUCACCAGAGGAUCCAUUCAGGGGAGAAGCCGUAUGUGUGUGGGGUGUGUGAGAAGGGCUUCAGCCUAAAGAAGAGCCUUGCCAGACACCAGAAGGCACACUCUGGGGAAAAACCCAUCGUGUGCAGGGAGUGUGGGCGAGGCUCUAACCGGAAGUCAACACUCAUCAUCCACGAGAGGACACACUCGGGAGAGAAGCCUUACGUGUGCAGGGAGUGUGGACGAGGCUUUAGCCAGAAGUCAAACCUUAUCAUCCAUCGGCGGACACACUCAGGGGAGAAGCCUUACGUGUGCAGGGAGUGUGGCAAAGGCUUUAGCCAGAAGUCAGCUGUCGUGAGACACCAGAGGACGCACUUAGAGGAGAAGACCAUCGUGUGCAGUGACUGUGGCCUUGGCUUCAGCGACAGGUCCAACCUCAUCUCCCACCAGCGGACGCACUCAGGGGCGAAGCCUUACGUUUGUAAGGAGUGUGGGCGGUGCUUCAGGCAGAGGACAACCCUUGUCAAUCAUCAGACGACUCACUCAAAGGAGAAGCCUUACGUGUGUGGUGUGUGUGGGCACAGCUUUAGCCAGAAUUCAACUCUCAUCUCCCACAAGAGGACACACACCGGGGAGAAGCCAUACGUGUGUGGGGUAUGCGGACGAGGCUUCAGUUUAAAGUCCCACCUCAACAGACACCAGCACAUCCACUCAGGGGAGAAGCCCAUCGUGUGCAAGGAUUGUGGGCGAGGCUUCAGCCAGCAGUCGAACCUCGUCAGGCACCUGAGGACACACUCCGGGGAGAAGCCCGUGGUGUAUAAGGAAUGUGGACGAGGCUUUAGCCAGAAGUCAAACCUCCUCGCACACCAGAGGACACACUCAGGAGAAAAGCCGUUUGUGUGCCGAGACUGCGGGCGAGGCUUCAGUCACCAGGCCAGGCUCAUCAGACACAAGAGGAAGCAUUCAAGGGAGAAGCCGUCCGUGUGCAGGCAGUGUGGACUGGGCUGUGCCAACAAGUCAGCUCUAAUCACACAUAAGUGGGCACACUUUGAAGAGAAGCCCUGCGUGUGGAGAGAGUGUGGCCAAGGCUUUAUCCAGAAGUCACACCUCACCUUACAUCAGAUGACACAAGGGGAGAAGACUUACUCAUGCAAGACCUGUGGAGAGGGCUUUAGGCAAAGGUCUCACCUUAGCAGACACAGGAAUGAAAGUGCCCACCACAAACCGCCCCUGCAGCCCGACUCGGAAGCCUGUUUGGGGCACUCAUCUGGGCCCUUCUAUUCCCUUUGAAAAUGAGGAUGAUGGCCGGGCGGUGGUGGCGCACGUCUUUAAUCCCAGCACUCGGGAGGCAGAGGC